AAAGAUAAAAAACUAAACCGCAGCCGGCCACGUGUCGGGCCCCUUUUUCAUCGUCUCGUCUCGCUGUGGAGUAGUGUCGGGUCCGCGCGUGUGACUCUGACGCUGCCGGGGUACCUCGAAGCGAUCACCUAAUUUCGCGUUCAUCCUCGGUGCUUUCAAUCGAACGGUUCGGCAUUAUUGACAUUGUUUCUCCGAGCGACUGGAUGAGUCGGCGAAUGGGUCGGCAUCUCGCCGAUGGCCUUGCAGAUGGCGGCGCGACGGAAACCUUGUUGAGGCUUCCGCCGCGACGCGCGAAAUGGCGCCGAAAUCACGCGCCAAAAUUACGCGCCGAAACUACGCGCCAAAAUCACGCGCCAAAUUUACGCGCCAAAACCACGAGCCAAAAUAACGCGCCAAAACUACACACCAAAAUCACGCGCCAAAUUUCCCGCCAAAAAUACGCGCCAAAAGAAAGAGUUCCGUUUUCUUUGUUCCCCAAAUCCGGAGUCGUAAACUCCCUGUUCAACGCGAGCGCACACUUGACCCUGGACCUGCCCGACGAAGCCCCGCGCGAAGAACAGUGCCCUCUGGAGCGUUGACGCGGCACGCGCGGAGAGACAAUGGCGCAAAAAUAAGUUGAACCCGGGCCGCGGGUAUUUUGGGAUUUCGGCCAGGAUGGCGGCCUCCGAUUGGCCGAGCCGUGCCCCGGAAGCCUCUCGGCCAGCCAAUGAGCGGCGCGGACGGGGACGGCCGACGGCAGGACGACGACGAGACGACGGCCACCCUCUUGCGCGGAGGCGACCGCCAGUCAGUCAGGACUUAGACGCGCCGGUGGCCGCACGGCUCUUAACCUCAGUGCUCCAAACUCCGUGCUUUGGCACGCUCUUGACACACUGUGCUUUCCACUGCUUGACUCUGUGCGAGUGGCGCUGCGCUUGACGCUCCGUGCUUGACUCUCUGAGGCCGGCACUCUAGGCCUGGCACCCCUGCCUGGCACUCUGUAUCUGGCCGAACGGCUUCGCAACACUCGGUGAGCGGGACUCACUGCGCGAGCAACGCUCCCACCGUGUGUUGCCGUCAGCACCCCGGCGGAGGCACCCCAGCAUGGCGGCCUUCAGGACCAUCCUGGCGGUGUCCGCCGUGCUGCUGGCCGCCGCGGAGGCCAACCUCAGGGCGCCGGCCAACACCAAAGUCCCGACAGAGGCGUGGCUGACCACGCCGGAGCUGAUCGAGUUCUGGGGCUACCCCGGCGAGACCCACACCGUCGUGACCGAGGACGGCUACGUCGUGGACGUGCACCGCAUCCUGGGCCGCCGCGGCCAGGUCGACAAGCCCCGCCGGAGGAAGACGCCGGUGCUCAUCGCGCACGGCUACGGCGCCAGCAGCGAGUGCAUGGUGCUCAGGGACAACAACACGCUGGCAUUCAUGCUGGCGAACGAGGACUUCGACGUCUGGCUGGGCAACACGAGGGGCAACUUCUACGGCCGCAGGCACAGUCACCUGUCCUCCGCGGACCAGCGCUUCUGGGACUUCAGCUGGCACGAGAACGGCGUCUUCGACAUGCGCGCCACCAUCGACUACAUGCUGGCGACGACGGGCGAGGCCUCGGUGGCCGUGCUGGGCCACUCCAUGGGCGCCACGUCGCUGUUCGCGCUGCUGGCCGAGAUGCCCGAGUACAACGCCAAGGUGCGCGCCGCCUUCCUGCUCGGCCCCGCCGUCUACUUCCACAGCGUGCGCGGCACCUUCAACGAGGUCCGCAAGAGGGCGCCCUGGUCGGAGCGCACCCUGAGCCUCAUCCGACUGGAGAACUUCAUGACCCGAGCGCCCUACCCGAGGCUGUGUUUCUCCAACCUGGGCGGCGGCAUGACCAUCAACCCCAACUGCAUCAGGGUGUUCACGGACGCGCAGGGGCCCUUCUUCAACACCAACCACAACACGUACCUGCCCAUUCUGCUGCGACACUGGCCGGCCGGCACCUCCGUGGGGCAGCUGGCCCACUUCAUGCAGCUCAUCGUGAAAGGUGACGGCUUCAAGAAGUUCGACCACGGCCCGGAGCGGAACCGCGUCCUGUACGGGACAGCGUCGCCGCCGCCCUAUAACCUGACCAACGUGCGCAGCCCCUGCUUCUUCUACUACUGCGACAACGACUACCAGGCGAACCCCAAGGACGUGCGGCGCCUGGCCGCGGACGUGCCCGGCACGGCGGGGCUGUUCCGGACGCCGGCGCGGGCCUUCAACCACCUGGACAUCAUGUACGAGGAGGCGGCCGGCGAGCUGGUGUACAAGAGGCUGCUCCGGGACAUCGCCAAGUACCGAAAUUAGUCCCCCGAGUUCGACGGGUCGACAUCGGGCUGCGGCGCGGCAGGCGGGAGCAGUGGUGUGCGUGGGUGUGCGCUGGAAGUGUGACACGGCGGUCAAGCUGCGCUUUUCGCGUGCUCUAGGCGGAGUGCGUCGCGGUGUGCCCACCUUCCGGGCGGACGACGGUGUGCCCCCCACGCGCACGCCACUGGGAGUGGCCACCACACUGGCGCGGCGCGCGAAGGCUGACCCAGCCGCGGAUUGUAAAUCGUGAAUUACCUGUCAGCGCUCACUUCUUCUCCGGGACGCCUUCAGCCGGUGAUGGAUCACCGCGAGAAGAAGUGCCGAAAACAAUUAAGCCGAAAAAAGUGGCUGUCGCGCGACGCCGUGUUCGUCGCCGGCUUCCGGGCUGCACUGCAGGGUCGCCAACCUCGGGGUACCUCUCGGUGUCGUCGGAUUGAGAGUGUUUACGGUGUGUGCGCUGCGGGUUGCGUUCGCCGCCUGGGCUUGUUGCUGAACCAGUUGGCAGUGCGUCAGGGCCGGGCCGCGCCGCCCCGCGCUUCGCCGACCGGCCGC